AUGGAGCAGCUUGAUGAAUGGAAUCAAGUAAACUCAGAGCUCAACAAAUCGUAAUUACUAUUCAGCUGCGAAGACAGAAAGCCCAGAUUUGUCCUCUUUGUUGAGAAAUGAAAUCCAUUUAGUCUCCAUGCUGCUCGAAUUUUCCGAAAAAUAAAAGCAGAAAGUUCUGAACAAGAUAUUUUCAUUGUAGAUGCAGAUAAGCUAUUUAGCAUUGCUUCUGGUUUCGGUAUUAUUGGAACUCCAGCCUUGAUUGUUUUUUUUAGAGGCAUGCCAGUUAAAAUCAAAAGAAGAGGAUGGGAAGAAGACGUCAAAUGUAAAUACUAUGCAGAUGUGGGAGUAACUUCUGAAAGCAAUUAUUAUAAUAUUGUUCAUAUGGGAAGAGAGCAAGCAAUCACUGGCAACCCAUUAAUAUGUGACUAA